CGUCCUUGCGUUGUACAAUCCCAACUUGGGGUUUAAAUACGACAAUUCGCGAAUGCUUCACUACUUGGAAUUGUAUUUUCCAAACUUAACCACGAUAUGUAGUUUCCACCAGCAUGCAUCUAUCUUCUUCCAACAAUUAAGUUGGUUGGUUUUACAUAAUUAAUUUAUUAAAUUUCAGGCAUGGCCAGUUGGAUACACACAGUCCCCACAUGCAAACAGCAGGUCCCAAUGCCUAUGCUUCUAUCUCUCUCUCUCUCUUUAUAUAUAUAUAUAUUUCUCAGCAAGAGUUGGGCAAAUCACCUUCACCAACACAAUCUCACUAUUGCUCUUAAGCUUCACCAAUUUCCCAAUCAUCUCUAAGAAAUGGCUUGCUGGUCUGCUGAAAACGCCACCAAGGCAUAUCUCAGAACCAUGAGAAUGGGAAAGAGUGCUAAAGAGCCAAAUGGAGCCGAGUUCAUCUCAGCCAUGGCAGCAGGGAACAAUGCUCAAUUCAUGGUGGUUGCCUGCAGUGGAGCUGCAGAUUCCACCGCCCUCGCCCUUCUAGCAGCAGCACAGCAAACCGGGGGGCGCCUCGUCUGUAUUCUCCGAGGCCAGGACGAGCUCCUCUCGUCCACAGCCGCCCUCGGCACCAAUGCAGGCAACAUUGAGUUCGUCACAGGGGACGCCAAGGUGCUCUUGCCGGACUGCUACAAGGAGUCGGACUUCAUUGCCAUCGACUGCAACCUCGAGAACCACGAGGAGAUCAUAAGUGCGGCCGUGCAAGAGAAUGGCAGGGCUCACAGCAACACCAUUGUGCUGGGAUACAACGCCUUCUGCAGGGAGACGUGGAGGAACAGCCCCCUGCGCACACAGCUGCUGCCAAUCGGAGAAGGACUGCUGCUCACCAGAGUAGCGGCUGCUGCCAAGAGGAGUAAGAGCAACUGGAUUGUGAAGGUGGAUAAAUGCACCGGUGAAGAACAUGUCUUCAGAGUCAGAUCUUCUGUGGGGAGAUUCAUCAGAGCUUAAAAUCUUGAUCAUUUUUUUCUUUUUUGGUUUAGAUUUUUAGCUUCCUUACAAGAGAUUUCUUGAUUAGGAUUGAUAUAUGUGAACUGUACAUAGUUUAUCACAAUCAGUAGAGGUACAGAAGUAUCAAUUUUGUUUUCA